AUGACAGACGUUAAGGCAGCAGACCUCAUCAUCUACUGUUUCAUGCUGCUUCACGAUCCACUUAACAUAACCAUCAGUAUCAAUGUGGUGGGAAUUUUAGAAGUGGAUGAAAAACUCCAAACCCUGACAAUAUUCUUAUGGCAAAUGCUGGAGUGGGACAUAGAGGGACUGAGCUGGGAUGAGAAAGAAUGUGGAACUAAAAGAGUCUCUGUCCCUUGGGAAAAGCUUUGGAUCCCAGAUGUCCAAAUCACUGAGUUCAUGGACGAGGACAGAUCUCCCAAAAGUCCAUAUAUCUACAUACACAACACAGGUCAGGUUUUUGAUAGUAAGCCGCUCAGAGUGAUCAGUUCCUGCCGAUUAGUAAUCUACACAUUCCCCUUCGAUAUCCAAAACUGCUCUCUGACAUUUGGAUCCCAUGUUCACACUGAUUCAGACAUAAGGAUGAUUCAAGGCCAUACAGCUGAGGAGAUCCUGAAAGAGUCCAGAGACGUGAUAGAGACCAAUGGGGAAUGGGAGCUUGUGGACAUCAAAUUAGCUCCAAAUACUCUGGUGUUAGGUGAUGAGGGGAACUUCUCUAAGGUCAUAUACUAUAUUGUUUUAAGACGUAGGCCAAUCCUGUACAUUGUGAACAUCCUGAUGCCCAGCUGCUUCCUCAUCACAGUGGACAUUUUCAGCUUCCUGCUGCCUCCUCAUAGUGUGGACAGAUGCGCCUUCAAGAUGACCCUCAUUCUGGGCUACACAGUCUUCCUGCUAAUCAUGAAUGACCUGCUGCCUGUCACUGGAUAUACAACACCUCUCUUGAAUGUUUUAUUCUCAAUGAGUUUCGCUCUGAUGGUGAUCAGUCUGUUGGAGACAAUAUUUAUCACUAAUAUCCAUUGUAGCUUCAGCCAGUUCAGUACGGUGCCUCACUGGCUAAGUGUCUUUGUGCUACAGUAUCUAGCUGUAGUUGUGUUUCUCCCCCCCAAAAAGAAGAAAUGUAUCACCACAUCACUCUACUCUUUCUUUUUGAUAUACUCAGCAAUGAAUACAUGCAUCAUCCCAACAAUUGAGCUUCAGAGCACCGCUGGUAAUACACCUUCAGUAAAGUCCCCUCAAGAGCUGACUGCGGAUGAACUGAGGAAGCUCAGCAAUGAUCUCAAGGCCAUCCGCCUCCAGAUGGAAAAACAUUUAGAGGGGUCCAAAAUCUCACAGGAGUGGUACAUGAUCGGGAUAGUCAUGGACCGUCUGCUGUUUGGCAUGUACAUUGUCUUCAUGUUGGUCAGUUUUAUUACCAUUACAUGUAUCUGGGUUUUAAGUACAGCUAUGCCUUUACUGUAA